AUGCAGUUGCGGCAUGAGACUGAGCUGGAGGCACCUCGAGAAGCAAAACCUCUCCCCUAUUGCGUCUGUCGCUUCGUGCAAUCCCGCGGUUUAGCAAAAAUGACUCAGUACCGACUUGGCACGGGUUUAUAUGCAGACCGCCCUGGUAUGCUGGACUUCAAAGGCAAAGCAAAGUGGGAUGCCUGGAACGCAUUGAAAGGAAUGUCCAAAGAAGAUGCAAUGAAAGCAUACAUAGCAAAAGUGGAAGAACUAAAGGGCAAAUACGGCAUCUGA